CAUCAGUUGACAGAGUGCAGUGUUUAUGAUUGUGACAGUAGAUCAUAACCUUAUAAAAACGUUGCUAAACAAUAACACGCGCGUGUAUAUUGUCGGUGUGACAAAUAAUUUUAAGAAAUACUGAUUGAUUAAUCAAGACAUUCUUUAUUUCUUUCGCAUUUCAAGUCCACAAACACAAUGGUUGACGACAAUCUAUUAAAACUGGAUUUGUAUGCCAUUAUUGGCGCCGAAGAUACAGCAACUGAAGCCGAGCUCAAAAAAGCUUAUCGUCAGAGAGCUUUGAAAUGCCAUCCUGACAAGAAUCCGGACAAUCCUAAGGCGGCAGAAGAAUUUAGGCAAUUAACAAAAGUCUUGGAAAUUUUGACAGACGAAAAAGCAAGAGCUUGUUAUGACAAAGUUAGGAGAGCUAAAAAAGAAGCUCAACUCAGGCAGAAAGAGCUCAGUGCAAAGAGAAAGAAAUUUAAAGAUGAUCUAGAAAGAAGAGAAGAAGCUUUCAAACAAUCACAAUCAUCGAAAAAAAGACAAUUUUCUCAUUCGAGUUUUCAGGCUGAAGAUGACGAUGAAUUAGAUUUAACAAAUGAAAGAAACUUGAAAGCUGAAAUUGAUCGAUUGCAAAAAGAGGGCUCAAGAUUAGUAGAAGAAGAACAAGAAAGACUGCGUCAACAAAUACGAGAAGAAAUAAGAUUGAGUAUGAAUGCUGGAAGUCGUGGUUCAGGAGAAUGUCUUGUCAAAGUAAAUUGGAGUGUUUCACCAGACGAUGAAUCCAAUGGAGGAUAUACUAAAGACUUACUUCACAGAAUUAUGUCAAAACAUGGAGAAGUAUUGAGUGUUAUUAUAUCCCAGAAAAAAGGAAGUGCUUUGGUAGAAUUUGAAAGAAGUAACGAUGCUGAUGCUGCUAUUAAGUAUGAAUUAGGUCUGGCUGAAUGUCCUUUAUCACUGAGGUGGGCUUCAGACAAAACAAAAUUCCAAAAACAAAAAUUGAAUACAUUUCCAGAAAAACUCUCAGCUGGAUCUGCUUUUGGAAUUUCACCAAAGAGUACUAGUUCUAAAUCUAAUUUCUCGCAAUCUCUAAGUUUUUCUUCAGCGCCAGAUAUAUUUAGUCAACAAUCUCAAGAUCAGCAAUCAAAUAAUUAUGAAGCGAUGGUUUUAAACAAAUUAAAACGAGAACAAGAACGCAAAAAGCUGAUAGAACAAAUGGAAAAAGAAGACGCAAAUGCAUAAAACGUUGUGUCGUUGUAAAAAGUGUAUAUUUUUAACAAAUUACGUUCAGUUAAGGAAUCAUACUUUUUACGAAACAUUCUGUACAUAGUACAUUUAGU